AUGCUUCAACAAGAGAAGACAAAUGCCGCUCAAGCAGAAUUAAAAUCUAUGAUACAAGCUCUCCAUGAUGACAUGAAGGAAAGAAUAGGGAAAGUAGAAGAGAAAAUAGAAAAAGUAGAAGAUAAAUUAGAGAACCUCCAACAAAUAAUGGUGAAAAAUGAGCAGCGUAUACAAAAAGUAGAAGAAAAAGUUGAAUCAACAGAAAAAAGAGUGGGAGAGCUUGAUUACAGACUUACAAUGGCAGACCAAAAUAAAGAAAAAACAAUAAUGUCUCUGGAGAUGGACAUGGACGAAUGUAUGCAGUGCCAAGAUGAUCAAUAUAGAAGCCAGAGCAAUGACAGCUGCUUCCCCAAGGUCGUAACAUUCCUUUCCUAUGAAGAGCCAUUAGGAAUGAGUUUAGUCUCAAUAGUCCUUUGUUUUUCACUCGUCACAGUCUUGGUGUUUAUUGCUUUUAUUAAGCACAGCGAUACUGCCAUAGUCAAAGCCAAUAACCGAGAACUCACUUACACUCUUCUUUCCUCUCUCCUCCUCUGCUUCCUCUGUUCUUUCUUAUUCCUUGGCCACCCCAACAAAGUCACUUGCUUCAUUCGCCAUGUUGCUUUUGGUAUCAUCUUUACUGUCGCGGUAUCUUGUGUGUUGGCCAAAACCAUCACUGUGGUCCUUGCUUUCAUGGCCACCAAACCAGGAUCCAACGUGAGGAGGUGGAUGGGAAAAAGGCUGGCCAACACCAUUGUCCUUUCCUGCACUUUCAUUCAAGCUGGCAUUUGUACUGUAUGGCUUGCCUUUGCUCCUCCGUACCCCAGGUUGGACAUGAAAUCUCUUCCAAGUGAGAUAAUAGCAGAGUGCAACGAAGGCUCUACCUUCAUGUUUUACUUUGUCUUAGGCUACAUGGGACUUCUGUCCGUCAUCAGUUUCAUUGUGGCUUUCCUGGCUAGAAAGCUGCCAGAUGCUUUCAAUGAAGCUAAGUUCAUCACUUUCAGCAUGCUCAUGUUUUGCAGUGUUUGGUUGACUUUUAUCCCUACUUAUUUGAGCACCAAAGGAAAGUGGAGACAGUUUUCCAAGUCAGGUCUUCAAGCUUUCUGUGGACCUUGGGUAAAAGUAGCCAAUCCAAGGGAUGAGGCAGCAAUGGCUACAUCCAGAGAAAAGGUCUUCUCGUCGGCUCUGAUGCUAGUAGUGUUACUCCUGAUGUUGCCCCAAAUAUCAUGUGCCAAAUCCAGCAUCAACUGCCCCUUGAUUGAGGUGCAGCCGGUUCCUCACGAAUGGCAUAAACCUGGGGAUCUCAUCAUUGGUGGCAUGGCUUCUCAAAUCGUUUGCUUUUUCCCUGCAGUUAACUUUGAGCGACACCCUUACACAGAUCUAAAUAUGGAACUUGCAGUGUAA